GUCAAAAAAGCGCGGCGAAAGCUGGAGGCCGGAGCGGGCUGAGGGGUGGUGGUCGCAGGCGGGGACGUGGCGGUUAGGGAUGGACUCCACCGCCUGCUUGAAGUCCUUGCUCCUGACCAUCAGUCAGUACAAAGCCGUUAAGUCGGAGGCGAACGCAGCCCAGCUUUUGCGGCAUUUGGAGGCAAUUUCUGGACAGAAGCUCACACGACUGUUUACAUCAAAUCAAAUAUUACCAAGUGAAUGUUUGAGUUGUCUUGUAGAGCUACUUGAAGACCCAAAUAUAAGUGCUUCACUGAUUUUAAGUAUUAUCAGUUUGCUGUCUCAACUAGCUGUAGACAAUGAAACCAGAAACUGUCUUCAGAAUACGUACAAUCUGAAUGCUGUGCUGGCAGGAGUGGUUUGUCGGAGCAGCACUUGCCAUAAUGAGUCUGUGUUUUUGCAGUGCAUUAACCUUCUGCAGAAAUUAACAUAUAAUGUCAAAGUUUUCCAUUCUGCUGCCAACAUAGAUGAAUUAAUUACAUUCCUGAUAGAUCAUAUUCAAUCUUCUGAAGACGAGUUAACAAUGCCUUGUCUAGGAUUAUUGGCAAAUCUUUGUCGACACAACCUUUCUGUUCAAACACACAUAAAGACUUUGAGUAAUGUAAAAUCCUUUUAUCGAACUCUUAUAGCCUUCUUGGCCCAUAGUAGUUUAACUGUGGUUGUUUUUGCACUUUCAAUAUUAUCCAGUUUGACAUUAAAUGAAGAAGUGGGGGAAAAGCUAUUUCAUGCUCGAAACAUUCAUCAGACUUUUCAGCUAAUAUUUAAUAUUCUCAUAAAUGGCGAUGGUACCCUAACUAGAAAGUAUUCAGUUGACCUACUGAUGGAUCUUCUUAAGAAUCCUAAAAUUGCUGAUUAUCUUACCAGGUAUGAGCACUUUUCUUCAUGUCUUAAUCAAGUUUUAGGUCUUCUUAAUGGGAAGGACCCUGAUUCUUCUUCAAAGGUUUUAGAAUUACUUCUUGCCUUCUGUUCAGUGACUCAGCUGCGACAUGUGCUCACUCAGAUGAUGUUUGAACAAUCUCCAUCUGGCAACACCAUUCUGGGAAGCCAUUCUAAGUGUUUAGAACCUACCGUGGCUCUACUUCGUUGGCUGUGCUUACCUUUGGAUGGCUCAGAAAACUGCUCCGUUUUAGCACUGGAGUUAUUCAAGGAAAUAUUUGAGGACAUUAUAGAUACUGCUAACUGUUCCUCAGCUGACCGUUUUGUGACCCUUCUGUUGCCUACGAUCCUUGACCUACUUCAGUUUACAGAACAAAACCUGGAUGAGACCUUAAUAAGGAAAAAAUGUGAAAGAAUGGUCAAGGCUGUUGAAGUUUUGUUGACUCUGUGUGGAGACGAUACUCUGAAAAUGCAUGUCGCAAAAAUUCUGACUACUAUCAAGUGUACCACUCUGAUAGAGCAACAAUUUACAUAUGGCAAGAUUGAUCUGGGGUUUGGAACUAAGGUAGCAGAUUCUGAAUUAUGCAAACUUGCUGCUGAUGUAAUUUUGAAGACUCUUGAUUUGAUGAACAAACUUAAACAGUUGAUUCCUGGUAUGGAAGUAAGCUUCUACAAAAUCCUUCAGGAUCCACGUUUGAUCACUCCUUUGGCUUUUGCUUUGACAUCAGAUAACAGAGAACAAGUACAGUCUGGAUUGGGAAUACUGUUGGAAGCUGCCCCACUGCCAGAUUUUCCUGCUUUAGUACUUGGGGAAAGUAUUGCAGCAAAUAAUGCCUAUAGACAGCAGGAAACGGAACAUGUGCCCCGAAGAAUGCCUUUACCGUCAACAAGUCACAGUUUUCCAACAUCAGUAAAGUGUUUAACUCCUCCUCUUUCAAAAGAUAACAUUCCUGGAUUGAAUAUUGAGGAAUUAAUAGAGAAACUUCAGUCUGGAGUGGUGGUAAAGGAUCAAAUCAAUGAUGUGAGAAUAUCUGAUAUCAUGGAUGUAUAUGAGAUGAAACUGUCCACAUUAGCUUCCAAAGAAAGCAGGCUACAAGAUCUCUUAGAAGCAAAAGCUUUAGCCCUUGCACAGGCUGAUAGACUCAUUGCUCAAUAUCGCUGUCAAAGAACUCAAGCUGAGACAGAGGCACGGACACUUGCUGGUAUGUUGAGAGAAGUUGAGAGAAAAAAUGAAGAGCUUAGUGUAUUGCUGAAGUCACAGCAGGUUGAAUCAGAAAGAGCCCAGAGUGAUAUUGAGCAUCUCUUUCAACACAAUAGGAAGUUAGAGUCUGUGGCUGAGGAACAUGAAGUGCUCACUAAAUCCUACAUGGAACUGCUUCAGAGAAAUGAAACUACUGAAAAGAAGAAUAAAGAUUUACAAAUUACGUGUGAUUCUCUGAAUAAACAAAUCGAGACAGUGAAAAAGUUGAAUGAAUCGCUCAAGCAGCAAAAUGAAAAAACCAUUGCCCAGUUAAUAGAGAAAGAAGAACAGAGAAAAGAAGUUCAUUACCAGCUUGUAGACAGAGAAUAUAAACUGGCAAAUUUGCAUCAAAAAACAAAAGUACAAGAAGACAAGAUUAAAGUCUUACAAAAGGAAAAAGAAGAUAAGGAAGAAACCAUUGAUAUCCUUAGAAAAGAAUUAAGCAGAACAGAACAGAUAAGAAAAGAGUUGAGCAUUAAGGCUUCCUCUCUAGAGGUUCAAAAGGCCCAAUUAGAAGGUCGUUUGGAAGAGAAAGAGUCCUUGGUAAAACUACAGCAAGAGGAGUUGAACAAGCACUCACACAUGAUAGCAAUGAUCCACAGUUUAAGUGGUGGGAAAAUAAAUCCAGAAACUGUGAAUCUCAGUAUAUGAACAUUAUGGUAUUUUGGUAUUUGUAACCUAAUGGUGUUUUUGAUGUAUUUAUUUGAGGGGGAUGGGUAGGGGAAGAAAUUUGUGACUUCAAAACAGUAAGAAUUUAUUAUCUAAUAAUAUAGUAAAAAACCUGAUCUGAUGCAUGUUUUUUAUUUGGUCUUUAAUCAGAAAAACUUUUAAAACUUUUACUUUCUAUUUCUGGCUUUUAUUGCUUAAGAGUUGCUUUAAUUCUUAUAUUAGAAUAUUAUUUUUUAUUAAUUUUUUCUAUUUUAUAAUUUUUAAUUUAUGUUUAAUUGUACAUCUUUUAUGUGGUAUGGAUUUUCAAAGCAUGCAUGCAAUGUGCAAUAAUCAGAUCAAGGAAAAUAUACCAUAUUCAUCUUAUUAGAAUAUUCUUAAUCUUCAUUACUGUUUUUCUAAGGUUCUUUUCUUUUUCUUAAUUUCUUUCUACUCCUUUGCUUGUUUAGUUUGUUCUUGUUUGUGAUUAUUUACAUUUUUAAACCAAACUUUCUCUAUAUAAUAAUCCUAAAGAUUAAUCAACUGAAAAUAUAUAUAUUGGUAAAGAGAAAGAAGAUAUUCUAGAGAAGUUUUUGUUAGUAUAAAAAAUAUCAGUGAAUUUUAAAUUGCUUUUAUGAGUGUUUUAAAAUCAGUAGGAUAUAUGACCUAAGUCCUAAACUGAAAAACAAAAUGUGAUGAGUAGUUAUCAGAAAUAAUGUAUGAAAUUAGAAAAUGACUGUUUUGCUAAAUUGUUACAUUGUUUAUCUCAUAAGAAACUAAUAACUUAGAAAUUUUGUAAGCUGUCUUAGUUUUUUUUUCUCUCUUUAAAAAUGUUAUUUGUUGGUCCACUUAUAUCACUUCCAGUCAAUUAAUUAAUUUCUAUAGGUUUACGUAAGGAUAAUUUGGAUUCUACCCUUCCUGCAUAUUCAUAAAUUUAUUAUUUAUUGUGAAUUCUGAUGUGAAUUAUCUCUAAUGUAUUAUCUUUGAGUUCAGUAGUUUU